CCCACCUUGUAGAUAUAGCCAACACCGACCCGCCACCGUCAGUCAUAGGUUUACUCCAAGGUUUGCCAUGCUCUCCAAUAACGUGGUGGAAGUUUUCGUGUUCUGGAUUUAUCUGGUUGAUAUCUCUGUAUCAGCUCCAGCUCUAGUCCAGCGAGACAUCUGUGCUGACCACCUCUCUUUCUGCAAGGACUUCGAGGGCUGGGGGUGUGGCGGCCAGUACGAGGAAUGGGCAAGCUAUAACUGUGCCAAAACAUGUGGAUAUUGUGACAAGAAAGGAUUCGUUAUUCCGCACUUUCCGUACACUGUAACGCAACCUGUGCCCAGUCAACAAUGCGUUGACGAAAUCCCCAACUGUAAGGAAUACGGCCAGUCAGUUUGUACCGACAGCCAAUACAAAACGUGGGUUCAGGAUAACUGUGCUUCCUAUUGCAACCUUUGUGAUCUGGUGACUGACUGAGCAAAGAUUGGAGCAGUGAGGCAUCGGGAUUCCCUGUACAUAACUCUUAGUCGGUACAAUAAAACUGCCGUUCAUCGAG